GAAUUCAGUUGGUGGUACAGUAACCAAAAAAGGUUGGGAAUCAUUGGUAUAGAACAGGUUGUUCUAACUCUGGGGUCAUGAUGCUGUAAUCUUAAGGGCCAGUCAGUCAGGAGCAACCUUAAAGUCGCACAUGUAUUAACUGCUCCUAGCAUUCCAAGGGUUCAGGUUCUACCCCUGCCUGGGUAGGAGGGGGGUAGAGGAGUGGGGGUGGGGACCAGCCGGCUGGCUAACAUGAGGGCCUGUCCAUCAGCAGACUACAUGAUUUCCAUUUAGAAUACCAGGCAGUCCUUUAGAUUAUAGAACACAUGCUGUUCUCUUGAGGCACAUAGGGUACAUUUCAGGAGCCAACAGAGAACUCUACAGGUGGCAUGUGAGGACUGACUGUGGUAUGUGUGUGAGGAGAGCCAAAUGUGAGUGGCCAAAUGUGUAGAACCAAAUGUGUACAGCUAAAUGUUACAUUGUAUAUUUUUGUGGAAUACUUUGUGUGUGUGUGUGUGUGUGUGUGGGUGGGGCAGAUAUCCUCUUAUCUCACCAACAGUAGUCACAAGAUGAACAAGCCAUUUCCUCUAGUUUUUUGCCAGUUUAUUGCGUGGGUUACCGAUUACAUGAGACUGUAUAUUACAAGGAGAUGGUUAACAUGAUCAGGGGCACCCUGAACAACAGGAUGUCGCUGUAGCUUACAGUCAGGAACAGGUGGUUUCAACGUGACACUGAAUCACUCACUGUGGUUCAAAUUAUAUUUACGAUUUCCCGCCCAUUGGCUUCGGCGCAUCACCACAUCUAACUUAAGCUCCAAAAACUUUCCCCCAGUAGCCUUUGCACGUUUUGUCGUCACAUGCAUUUUCACUUUGGUCGGUGAACCAGAGACUGAGCUCAACUGUUGCGUGAAGCUCGUGGCAUUAUAUUCAGAAUCAGCGCCCUCGCGGAAACAUGACACGCAAGAUCAGCACGGAGCUGUCCACGCGGGAGAGGCAAUGUGGACACAUCGCUCCCUGGGACACUUGGAUGUUGUCAUUGAGCUGUUGGGGCGUGGUGGCAUGCGAUCCCCCUGAGUGAGACAGCACCCUCCAGAGGUGACAGCAGGCAGGACAGGCAGCAGGAUGCCAGUGCAGGCGGCCCAAUGGACAGAGUUCCUCUCCUGCCCCAUCUGCUACAAUGAGUUUGACAGCAGUGGCCACAAGCCCAUCAGUCUGGGAUGCUCACACACCAUGUGUAAGACCUGUCUGCACAAGCUGCACCGCAAGGCCUGCCCCUUCGACCAGACAGCCAUCAGCACUGACAUUGACCUCCUGCCCGUCAACUGUGCCCUGCUACAGCUGGUGGGAGCUCAGGUCCUGGAGUCCCAGCCUGUGACUCUGAGCAGUGCUGUGGAGGUAGAGCACUAUGAGGUGUGCAGGGUGUGUGUGGAGGAGCUGGCUCUCUAUCUCAAACCCAUCAGUGGAGGAAAAGGUGUGGUGACCCUCAGUCCGAGUGCGCUAAGUCGACCCAUGCAGAGGAAGCUGGUGACACUGGUCAACUGCCAGCUGGUAGAAGAGGAGGGGCGUGUACGUGCGGUGCGGGCGGGCCGGUCUCUAGGGGAACGUACCGUCACAGAGCUCAUCCUGCAGCACCAGAACCCACAGCAGCUCUCUGCCAACCUGUGGGCCGCCGUAAGGGCACGGGGAUGCCAGUUCCUGGGGCCUGCGAUGCAGGAGGAUGCUCUAAAGCUGGUGUUGCUGGCUCUAGAGGAAGGCUCAGCUUUGUCCAGGAAGGUGCUGGUGCUGUUUGUGGUCCAGAAGCUGGAGGCUAGGUUCCCUCAGGCCUCCAAGACCUCCAUUGGACACGUAGUCCAACUGCUCUACAGAGCCUCCUGCUUUAAGGUGACAAAGCGUGACGAGGACUCAUCGCUGAUGCAGCUAAAGGAGGAGUUCCGUACCUAUGAGGCGCUGCGCCGCGAGCACGACGCCCAGAUCGUACACAUCGCCAUGGAGGCGGGGCUCCGUAUCUCACCUGAGCAGUGGUCCUCUCUGCUCUACGGAGACCUCAUCCACAAGUCACACAUGCAGUCUAUCAUUGAUAAGCUCCAGUCCCCAGAGUCCUUUGCUAAGAGUGUCCAGGAGCUGAUUAUAGUUCUACAGAGAACAGGAGACCCUGCUAACCUGAACAGCCUCAGACCCCACCUGGAACUACUGGCCAACAUCGACCACAACCCAGAUGCGACGUCUCCAUCGUGGGAAGAGCUGGAGAGUGUGAUGCUGGCUGUGAAGGUGAUGGUCGAUGGUCUGGUGGAGUUUAUACAGAACUUCAGUAAGAAGAGCCACGAGACACCACAGCCACAGCCCAACAGCAAGUAUAAGACUAGUAUGUGUCGAGACCUCCGGCAGCAGGGGGGUUGUCCUCGAGGAUCCAACUGCACCUUCGCACACACACAGGACGAGCUAGAGAAGUACAGAAUGAGAAACAAGAAGAUCAGUGGCGUAGGCCGGUCCUUCCCCCUAGCCCAGGGGAGUAUGGGUAGUGAGGGAGGCGACUCAGGAGAGGAGGCGUGCGCUGGGGGACUAAAGGGCUCAGACAAGGUGGGGUUGGGGUCCCUAACGGAGCGGUCCACACACCCCCAGCUCAUCCCCAGGGGAGGCGACAUGAUGGAAGAGAUGAAGAGGGAGAGGUCUGUUCUUAACGGAUCCAAUGGAUUCACAGGCUCCAGCCGCUCCUCAUCUGGCUCUAUGGAACAGAAGUCUGUUUCUCCUCCAAAGACACCUGUCAACCACUCCUCAGCUCCUUCUCCCCAUGGAAUGGGGUCUAGGGUAGAGUGUGGCUCUGGUCAUCCCAAACAAGGGCACUUCCUAAUGAGAGGACCCCCUCCCCAGCCUCCUCCCCACCAGCCUCAGUCCUCUGAACUGUACUACCAGGACCCCCGACCUCCCUACGACACACAGCCCUACCAGCCAGCCAGUAACUACUACACCUCUACAAUGCACCCCCACAAACCCUGCAUGGCCCGCUUCCUGCGUUCCAGCCACGUCCUCGAGUCCUCUCUGCCGCCUUCCAUGGCCCCUCCGUACUCCGAGCAGCACCCCUCCUUCCCCCAACCACGGGAGCGCGCGGGUCCUUCUCCCUACGGCCCCCCACCGGCCCCCCAGUACGGGCCCCUGGCCCCGGCCCAUGGUGGCUACGCCCCACUGUAUGACAGCCGGCGUAUAUGGAGGCCCCAGCUGUACCACCGUGAGGAUGCCAGGAGUAACUCCCUGCCUCCAGAGGUGCUGCACUCCUCUGUGUACCAGCCCCCCCUCCGAGAGCGCUAUGCCUCCCUGGACAGCCCCUACUGCUCAGCAGGAGAGCACAGAGCAGCGCUACACAGGGACUCUUAUGGGCGUGUUCCUCUUGGAUACGAGGAUCUGUUCAAGCGGAAACAGGAGCAAUGGGCACACCAUCACCACGUCAACAUGAACAGGUCCUCCCAGUCCUCCCCCGUCUUCACCGUAGACUUUGGUGCAGAGCAUGACAGUGGAGGUGAUCAGUGUAUGAACUGUAAGUACCGUGGAGAGGAGAGUCUGGCCCACUACUCUCCCUGGUCCUGUGGAACCAUCAGUACCUGCAUCAGCCCCUUUGAACCAGAGCAUCACAACGCCUCAGCUCACUCCUGCUCCCAACACUCAGCAGUAGAUAAUGGUGAAGGGAAACGGUGGCUACACACAUUUGAGCCGUACCGCCGUCUGAAAGACGAGGACCCCAUCAUCCCAUUUGGAGAGGGACCCAUCAUCUCUAAAUGGGGGGCUAUCUCCCGCGCCUCCCGUACAGGGUACCACACCACUGACCCUGUCCAGGCCACAGCCUGCCAGAGAAGCAACAGCACCACCCCCAUCAACUUCAGAGAUUAUGGUCCACACAUCGGUCACGGUGACUACAGGUGGAGCUCCCGUGGGUCUGACUCAUCCAGCCACUCAAGUUUCCUAGAGAGUGACCAGCUGGGAGUGUGUGAGCUUGCCGCCCGUGAGCGCUCCUUCAGCAGUGGAGAGAAGGCUGGUGCAGGAGACCUGCUGCAGACUGACUACUGUAAGGACACGACAGAGAGCGAACCGGACAGAGACAUUGAGCUGGAGCUGUCUGUACUAGACAUGGAGGACAGUGACAUGCAGGACAACAGUCAACAAUCUGAGGAGUCCCUUGAGCUGAGGGACCCCCACCUCCUCACCCCUCCCAGCAGUGAACCCCAGAGGAGCCAGACAGACAAGCUGUCCGCUGACAAGAUGGAGGCUCACCUGCUGAAGAAAAUGGCCUUCAGGAAGUCUCUCUCCCCUGGUGGUCUGGGCUCAGGAGGCCUCAGUGUGGGGAAGCUGAUGAUGAGGACCGGCCCUCCAAGGCUGGGGGACAUGGGCCCUCGCCCCAACACAGGCCCUGAGAUGCUUCUCAACGGGAGUUGAGAGGGCAGAAACACCCCACCGCCAUGCCCGGGGGUCCCGACCCAGUGCUACACAGCUUCUACAGCUGCUGUCACAGUCACAUCUUAGGGUUGUAUAGACCUGUAUCAUUAGACAGCGAUCAGGUCUCACCCCCAUAAUAUCACUAGUCAAAGGGUGCAUGCUGUACAGUAUGCUCCUUUAGACGACAGGUAGAGUCGUUUUCGAACAUGACAAAGAGAUACCUUUGGUUUAGACACAAACACCAAUAGGCUCCAUCACAUUUCCUAUUUUCUCACCCGGCAGGGUUUUCAAUCAUUUGGUUUCUUGUUUUUUUUGUUCUUGGUUUUGAUCAGAUGUUUGUUUGUGUGCGCUGCUCGCUCUCCACUGACUUUAGGGAUUAUGAUGAUGGUGUUUAAAAUGCUUCAUAUGGCAUCCAAUAGUCUUCUAUUCAUUAGUUCUACAAUGUUUCCAAGGUAACGAAGGUGCUCAGCACUAUUGGGUGUAAAGGCUAUCAGCAUCUGUUGACGUUGGAUGAUAACUUUAACAAUACAAUACUAUGUAUCUGUAGUCAUAGGAAUAAUAUUUGCAUGUAGAAAAUUACAAGUCUUUACUUUCAAAAGGAUAGUGCUAAUUGAACAGGGUUUUUAGGUCAUGAAAGAGGUUAAAAGUUGAACAGGAAGAAAUGACAGAUACCAACACAAGAUGUUGCUUUCCUCUAGUCCAACUCUCAUCUACUUUAGACACUGUAGUAGCCUUUCAACUGUACCUAAGGCUUGGCUGUUUUACCCUGUAUGCAGUAUCAUUUGUUGGUCUCAAGCAUUUCAUAGACGAUAUUCAAGAUGAUGAUGAUCAAUCAGAUAUCUCACCGAUGUCACCGCUGUCACGUGUAUGCACAAUUGUGGCCUUUCUUUUUUAGCUGUUUGUAAAAUAUCCCCUUAUAUUUAGGCCUAGCCAUCGGGUUAAUUCAUGGAAAACACCAAGAAGUGCAACAUGUAUCAACAAUCCUAAAUAUGAUCAACAGAUGGCACCAUCAUUUCUUGCUAUAGUCUGAGCAACUGCAUCCAGUGAUUGAAUCGUACUGAUCUACUGCAUAUGAAAUAAUAGGUCAUACUGACAUUUAUCUGUGCACUGGAAUCUCAUGACAUAUCAGCUCUUUUUGGUUCUGUGCAUCAAACUCAUAACCUGUGUUUACUAUAACAGAGGAUCUUCAAAUCACCAGGCGAAUCUAGUGUUCCUUCAUGCUGUCUUUGUUUUGUCUCUGGUCUAACUUUUUACAAAUCUGUUUCGUUUUUGUUUUCUUUGAAGCAUUGCUAACUUCCGUGAAGUUGUUUGUCGAAAUAUUUUGUAUCAGGAUCUCUGUUUUGUUUAUUUAUUUUUAUUUUUAAGAAAUGAAACCAAUUCAUCAGUCUGUCUCUAUGUUCAUGUUUUGAGCAGGGUUGUUCCUGCUGGUCAACGGUCAAACCAAUACAGUCCAUCAUCGUUUUGUGAUCGCUAUAAAUGGUCAUGCAUUGGCCUAAAAGGGUCAGUGUUAUUUUACUGCAGUUUUGUGCACUGAACGUUCUGUUUGCUGUCUUCUCCUGCCUGUGGGGGUGAAGAGAUUCGGGUGAUGCUAUGUGUUACAGCACUUAGGAAAACUCUCCUAUUUAUAAUAGGGUUAAUUUUUUUACGGUCUGAAAGGAGGCAGAUAGUAGUGAGUGAGACACAACUUGACCAGCGCUUCCUAACCCUUAAGGACUGCCCUACAGACAUGCAGUCAUACAGUAUAUUCCCUCUCUCACAAGGACUGUCGAUGGUCAAUACAUUGUAAGCCUACUGUAAGCAUUACUCGCCUAAUAUAUGUAUGUUGUUUGUUUCCCUGAUCCUGUUUAAGCUCAACAGGGCCCUUUGGUGGGCACACAUAGGAGGUCUGGCCCUAAAGGAGACAUGGCAGCGGUCAGGGCGUCUCUUAAGGUUUAGAGCUGGUCAAAUUGAAGGGUAGUAUGGUGUUGUGAUUAUAGGCUGCUCUGCCUCCUGUAGUUCAGGUUUGUUCCAGCAGGGAGUACUAGAGCCCAGUCUCUGCAGCCCUCAGGGAGGAGUUCUAUUGCUAAGCUACUGAUCUGAUCGCAUCUUCAGCACUGAAUAUAAUGGGUGAUGAGCGCAAAUAUUUACAUUAAUAAUCUUGUUUAAUGUAACUUUUCACCACAUAAAUGUGUUCAAGGAGGGAUUUAUCAUUUUGCUGUAAUGUUUAUUUUCUUUGUUUUUAUUCUUUACCAAUAUUUGUAUUAUAACCCUGGUGGGAAGGGGUUGGGUACAAUAAAAACAGUCUUUGGAGUUAUGUAGAUAGAAUGAGUCCCCUGUGUGUUCCAGUGCCUGUCUAAUGAAGCACUGGUGUAAGGAUCUGAUCGCACUUCCCACCCCAUCACUGCCAGAUGUUCUUACUACCCACUAUUCAGCCAGUGUAACCCUACACCCCCAGGUCAUGCAUGCUAGUCCCUCUUGUUGUUAUGGCGAAGGAGGAAUGAUUCUGUAGUUGUGAUACAACACACCCAGCGCUGUAAGUGUUCUGCACAUGCCCACUGUGUGGCCACGCCAAAUAUUGUAGUCUGCCUGCAGGAUUUUACUGUUUACUGCUUCUGAAAUGCUUUAAUAUUGAUUAUGAUCAAUGUAUUAUUAUUAUUAAUAUUAUUAUUAUUAUUAUUAUUACUUACUACCAUCAUUGGUUGUGUUGUAGUAUUUUUCUCUGGAUGUAGUAUUUUUCUGCUUCUUCAGUAGAAUUUUUAAAAUUUGCUGAAUAGUUAACAACGUUAGCCAAGAAUGGUCUAAUGUAAGGGGGAAACAUUUGCCUGUUUGUCAAUUGUACAACUAUGAUGGAACUGAUUUAUGUCUGUAUUAGACAUUUUCUUUGCAAAUCUAUUGUUCGAUUGAAAUUGAAAUGAAAUAAAAGAUGGUACACACAGCCAUCAUUAUUGUAUACAGCUGGCACCAUCGUUAGAUGGACUUACUGCUCAUUUACAACAAUAUGUAAUCAGAUAUUUAAAUAAAUAUUGUUAUAGAGGGACAAAUAAAUGUUUCAGAAUGAGGGAACCUAAAAAUGUCCACAUACAUGAAUAAUAUGUAUUCCAUUUAUUUCAUUUGAAAUAUCACUUUGUGAAAGGUUUCCUUUCUCUUAUCUAAUGGCAUUGCAAGGCGGGUUUGGUUUGGUCUGAUGUAUGUUUUCAGAUGUGACCAGCCAAUUGCCUGACUUGUUGAUUCUCUUUGUUUCCUGUUUGCUCUUUCACUGACAGCGUGGCCAAGCAGAAUACUCUGAUACUAUUUGGAUGAAUCAGUAUUACCUGUGAAAUCAGAGGGAGAUGUCAGUACCUGAAACAUUGCAUGCUAAAAUAAAGGAAAAACCAAACUAAUAAUG